UUUACUUCCUUUAUAUAGUACGUACGCCAUAAAUUGAAAAAAUAUCGUAUACCUCUUUGAAUAAUUCAAUCUAGAGAGAUGACGGCUAAAAGAAUCAAAACAGAAAAUGUAGUUGAGGAGUCCAAGCCUGCGUUUCAAUUCACGGAUUUCAUAAUUAAAGUUGGCAAUGAAAAGUUUUAUGUAAACAAACGCCAGCUUAUGGCUGAGUCGCCAGUUUUCCUGGCGAUGCUGACCGGAAAUUUUAAAGAAAAAGACACCAGAGAAAUAGAUCUUCCAGAAAAAGACCCAACAGCAUUUAGCCAUUUUCUAAGACAUACAUUGCCUGGUUUUAAAGGAUUGAUAUUGCCUGAAAAGACAGCUCAUCUUAUUUUACCUUUGGCACAUGAGUAUCAGACUAAAACGACAUUGUUAAAAAUCGACGAGGCAUUGGCGGCGAGUGUGGACAAAAAGGAAUACAAAAAUGGCAAUGAGCUAGUUGCCGAGAUUUUAGAAGCCGAAUUUUAUGAACGUCCAAGAUAUUUACAUGCAUGUAUUAAGAAGGCAUACACACACUCUUACAGUGAACUUUCAAAUGCACUAAAAUUUGAUUGUAUAUCGAGUGAUACCAAAUUCACCGUUUUGUCGAAGAGAUGUGAAAAGUUGGAGUCGGGGAUAAGCCAAUACCUGUAUGAAUUGAAAAAUAUUACGAAGAGUCUAUGUUAUAAUUGCAAAUUAUCACAACAAGGGCGGAUCAACGAAGCAGCAAAUGCAUUGCUAGGCAAAUAAACAUAGAUAAUGGCUUGAAUUUUGGAUUUUUGCAUCUGCUGCUUUGUGCUAAUUUUAAAUUUUAAAUCUAAAUUUUGUAACAAACUAACCUUUAUGUGCUUUUAAUGUGCAUAAUAAUUUGUCGUUCCUUUUGUCUUUUUAUCUCUUAAGCCAUUAUAAGCGCACGUUUCAGUGUAUGUUGAAUAUGUUAAUUGCUUCACAUAACUUUUGUGCUGCAUGUUUAUAUACUGAUAUGUGUGUAUGACUUGAUGUAGGUUUUGUUUUAAUUGUUGCUCCGUUGGUUUUGAAAACUCUUCUGAGCUUAUGUUUGUACUUGUAUUGUAUAUACCCACUCUAAAUACAGCUUUAUGUCUUAUGUCUAAUGCAGUAAAUAUAACUGCAUAUUGUACUACGAAUCAAACAAUGCUGGACUGUUAUUUGUUCUCUUACAAUUUUCAACUGGUGCAGCUGCCCAGAAAUAAGGUGCAUAACUUGAAGGUGAGCAUAUAUACGUACUUGAUUUGUCUUAAUACUCUGAACUUAGUCCAACAGACUUGAUUUUCCUCCACUACUUCUGAGCCAGAUGAAAAUGACAACAUAUAUUUGCAGAGGACGACAGUUAUAUACAUGUAAUAAUUGACAAUUCAUAACAUAUGUACAACUGUCUGCCAGGUGAGGUUUAUAUUGUUAAAUAAUUGAAUAUCAUUCACCUGUAAUUUACAACUGCACAAUUGGCGCAAAUGAAAUAAAAUUUAAAAGAACUAGAGCUGUUUUAUAUAUUUUGUGCGGUCCUGAAGAUAACCAUGUUGUAAAAUCAUAGCGAUCAACAACUAAGAGUAAAGCACAGCUAGAAAAUUCACAAUAUAGAAAUCUAACAAAAGUUUUGACUUUUAUCAAACUUUGAACAUUUACAUACUUAUUGAAAUAUAAAAACAAAAAGGUCAAACUUCCAUUUGUUUUUAUUUUGAUAACAAAUACUGUAUACAUAAACAACAAUUUAUCUGAUAUAUAAUGGUAAUCGAUGGACAGGGGAUAUAUAGAGGUAGUGAUGUGAAUUUCUUAAAUUGAAACCAUUUUAGAAUAAAUAAGCUAUAAAAUCUUCAACCAACAUCACCAGAGUAUCACAUUGGGGGUAGUACAGUUUAACAAAAAUAUGGAAUCUAUUUAUACCUAUAUUUGGAUCUCAACCCUAUUUGAAAAGAAUUCAAGUUCAUAGAUUUUUGGUAAGUUGAAUCAGGAACAUAUAUAUAUAUUGAUCACAGUCAGCCACACGUUGAUUAAAUGUUUUUAUACAAUGGGUUCGGGUUAGAUAUACU